UUAUGCAAGGUAAAAGACCCAAGCAUUAAACUAAUUUGCCCACAAUCUGAAAUGAAAAUUCAAAGUGGAUUUCACACAAGGAUUAAUGUACAAUCAAUUUAUACCAGGAGGAUUUUGAAAAAAUACUAAGGUUAAGACUCACUGUUGUUAAGAUGGUAGAUGCGGUUGCCGAGGAGAUCACUGAGACUCUAACAUGCCUGAUUUGUAUGGAACUUUACGAGGAUCCUAAGAUAUUAAAAUGUGGUCACUCAUACUGCAAGGUCUGCCUACAGAACCACGGAUCCAAGAAGAAACAGUUGAAACACAUAUUAAGCUUGGACAGUGGUGCAUGGGGUGUAGAAAGGACAUUACACAAGAAAUCUCUUGUGAGUACCAAGGCCUAUUGCACUGUGGAUUACACUGGUGAGGGCACCAAUGCACAUGUAGUUACAGCUGUAAUUGAAGAGGAAGAUGAACUUAUGCUAAUUGACCCAGAUCUACAAGCAGCCUUUAAGAUCAAAUCUGGAAGUAACCUUGGCCUGAGGGAUAAAUGUAAAAUGUCAGAUUCAAAGAUGAGUCUUAAAAGUAAGAGAUCAGAUUCGAUAUCAAGUAUUGCUAGUAAACUUCUACGUGGACAUGAACCUCAAUCUCCAGGGACAGUAAGACGAUUGGCUGAAGCAAGGGGUGCUUUUGUGAUAACAUGUCCGCUAUGUUUGAAAACAACGAUACUGGAGACCGGAAAGGUGGAGGAGCUGCCCACAAAUUAUGCUGGCAGCGUCACAAUGAUUUGGCGAUUCACUCGCAAAGUACGAGCAAAGUUCUGUGCUCUCUUUUCAAAGAAAUCAAAGAAGGAAGAUAAUGCGUACAAUGAAAUCUAUGAAAUUGGAACUCAUGAAGCACCAGAGAAAGAAGCAAGUGGACCCGGAUUGUUAAUAUGCUGUCUGUGUUUUUAGAUCAUGACAACUUGGCAACAUUUAUAACAAUAACAUUUUUCUAUACUUUAUAUCAAGUAGUUAAUUACGGGAACUAAAGGAAUCAAUUUUAUUUAUGUCUGUGUUUUAAGAUCACCACAACUUGGCAACAUUUAGAAUAAUGCAUUUUUGUGAACUUUAUAAACAUUUAAUCGCAUAUGCAAUAUAAUGUGGUUUAUUGUUUCAAUUGCCUCAGGGAAUUUUCCUGUUUACAUAAUUGGGGAUUUUAGAAAAUGAUCAUUUGGUUUUUGGUCACUUAAGUUUUCCAGAGAAUGUGAGGAUGCACUUAAUUAAGCUAAUUAGGAUUUUAUGUGAUAUUAAUUAACUAGAUUAGGUUUGAAUUUAAUAUUAUUAUGGUGAUAUUUAAUUAAGCUAAUUAGGCUAAUCUAGCUGAUUAAACUAAUUAAGUGUUUUACUUCUUAAUACUCCCAGAUGGCAAAUUAAUAUUAACCAAGAAGAUAAAUAUAACUUAAGCUAUGUACAGCAAAUUGUUUAUAUUCGUAUAUGAUAUCCACUCCAAUAAAAGGUUACAUUAACCGCGACUAGAUUUGAUAUUUAUUUCAUGUGUGAACUCAUUUUGAGUCAGUGUAUAGUUGAGCCAAUUAUUUACAUUGGAAGAGGAAUUGGAAAUCACACCUCCUGUUACAAACAAUGGUGAAUUUAUUCAUAUUCUGUUAAUAAUAAGCAUUUUCUGCAAAA